AUGCUGCAAGCACCACGCUCGCGAGGCUACACCAAGUCGCUCAAGAGCUUGGUCAAGCACUUGGCUCCAGACGGAGCCCAGAACAUCACGGGCUCGGCAGUCUCGAGCAGGGCGACGCCCACCGGGGUGUCGAGCCCCGUGCUACCGUCCCGGCGACAGAGCAACAUGAAGACGCAUACGACGAAGGUGUGGUCGCCGCACCAAGACACGGAAGCGCACAAGCAUCUCCUCGACUCGAGCAAGCCAUUAGAGUACGAAUUUGCGCUCGUGCUCCACAACAAGCCCGCCCGCGCCCGCGAGCUCGAGCUCCACGGUCUCGACAAGGUUGGGAACGAGCAGCGCGAUGUGAUUCGGCGCUGCGUCGACGCAGGCUUGGACGUGACGGUGGUGGCCAGUACGGUGCACACGCGCAAAUACCUCUGUCUCCUUUUGCGUCCGACGGCCCAGCGCAUGCGCAUCGAGCGCAACCGGCUCGCGGUCGAGCGCUGGCUGCAGAUCGGCGCUGUCGGCGAGGUCCCGAGCGAGAUCGAGCAGCUCAUCUACUCGAGCGACUUGGGGUCGUCGCCCGCGCAAGUGGUGGCGGACGACAUGGACGACAUGGACGACGAGUGUGGAGACAUGAAGUUUACGCCGGCCGAGCGCAUUCAAACGAUCGGCCGCAUCCUCACGUCCACGGACGACAUCCAAGAACUCAACCCGCCGGGUGCCAACAUCUCAAUCGAAGACGAAAACACCCGAGACCCGAUCAUCGCGGCCUGCUUUCCGCUGCACAACCGCAAGGUCGUUCUCCACCUACAUCCUGUUCCACUAUGGCGAGCGCGUCGCCUUUCACUUUUCGUUCAUCUUUUAUACACCAAGUGGCUCCUCGUGCCAGCGCUCGUGGGCACGAUCCUGUACCUCUCGCUGCGCUGGUACAGCGCGAUCUACUACAUGACGAGCCUCAGCAUCUUUGGCUAUGCGACCGUCAUCAUCUGGGGCACGCUCUUUCUCAAGUUUUGGCAGCGCGAGAACGAGCACCUCAACGACAUUUGGAACGUGCGCCUCUUCAAGGAGGCCGAGUACCCCAACCCUCGCUUUCGGCCCCACGGGUUUCGUGACAUAGUCGACUCGAACGGCGUCCUGCUCUUCAAGGAGCCGUACUACAACCCACUGUACCGGAUCCCGGCCAUGAUGCAGACGCUCUUCAUCUUUACGCUCUUUACGCUCACGUAUGUGGUCGGGACGACGUUUUUCGUGCAGUGGUACACGGCGGCGAUGCUCGCGCCUGUCUGCGACGAGUGCCCUCACUGCCAAGGCUUUCUUUCGUGCUUUGAUACAGUCGGCGCGACCGUCGGCACGUGGCGCUGGGUGUACAUCCUCGUGCAAGGCAUUUUCCUCGGCGUGACGCUGGACGUCUUUGUGUAUCUCUUGAGCGUCAAGCUCCUCCGGUUCUUUGUCGUGCGCGAGAACCACGCGACGGAGGCGCAGAUCGACCGCACGAUGAUCAACCGCCUCUUUAUCAUCAACUGGAUCUCGUUCUUUCUCUGGUUCAUGCUCAUCGCGUUCGUUGUCGUCCCGUUUGGCGAGCCCGUUGAAGACUGGCUCAGCGACCGCUUUCGGUGGACGCGCAUCACGGUGAGCUGGCGCGAAGGCCGCAUCGAUAUGAGCACGGCGCUCGUGACGCCGCUGCUCAUCACGCAGGCGCUCAACUUGCUCAUUGACACGGCGCUGCCAAAUGCGCUUCGAAAGCGCCGACUGAAUGCCUUCCGCAUGGCGCGCCGGCUCCGCGCCAACCCCGCCGACACGAUGCUGGCGCUCUCGGAGGCGCAAAAGCACGCUGGGAGCAUGCGCGGCGGUCGGCGGUCGGCGCCAACAAUGACAACCACGUCGUCGUCCAUGGCGCCCGACACGCCGUCGCUCAACUUUCAGACAAAAAUUGAGCUCCAAAUGAUCACGCCGCUCCGCAUCCCGUACAUUGAGAACGACCUGCACAUUGGCAUCCCGUCCAUUGAAGGGUUCGAGAACGACAAGGAGUUUAUGACGGCCGACUCGAUCGUCGAAGAGUCGCAACUCGACCUCUACGACGCCUUUCCCGACUACCUCAAGAUGGUCAUCCAGUUUGGCUACGUGGUCAUGUUUUCCGUCGUCUGGCCGUUCUGCGGCAUGGCGGCGCUGGCCAACAACGCGGUGCACAUUCAAAACUGCUUUCACAAGCUCUGCCUAACGCGCCGACGCCCGGUUCCGCGCAAGGCCAACAGCAUUGGGCAGUGGGAAAAGACACUCUACAGCACGCUCUUCCUCGGCGUCUUUGCAGUCGUUGGGCUCAUUUGCAUCAGCUCUGGCCAGGUCGAGUACUUUGUCGGGCACUGCCUCGCGCUCGAUCGGUUCAACGGCACCGACUACAGCAUGACACCGGAGUUUUCGUGCUUUGAUCUGCCAUCGCGCUUCCUCAUUGCCCUCGUCCUCGAACACGUCGGGCUCGGUCUCAUUUACUUGCUUCUCGACAACGUCUCGGGCACGCCGGCGUCGCUGCGGUCGUCGUUCCAGCUCAAGCGCGAGCUCAUUCGCCGGGCCAUUGGCGGUCACAGCCACAACCAUUCGGGGUCGCCCCACUCGUCCAGUCGGUCCCAGCACGAGUAUGUGUAGGCAGAGAGAAGGAUACGUGGUCGUUGAUUGGCUAUAAAGAUCCACCAAUGAGCACAUCGUGUUUUGCACAGUAGCCA